GCGAAGCACUUCCUCACAACAAUUAAACUCGUGAACUGUUAGAGUUCCAGAGGCCAUUUUUUCUGUUAGAUACUAAAAUUAUAUAUUUCAUUUUUAAUAUUUAUUCAUAGUUUAUUAUGUAUGUGUAUUCUAUAUUUAUCUGCAAGAAACAUUUUUAUGUAUUUAGUUUCUUUGCUCUGCAUUGUCAGUGAUGUUGUAUCUGGUCACGGUAUUCAUCCUCACAGUUUAUGGAAUCCAUUGUUGUGUGGAGACCGGUCCAGAUCAGAGGGUUAAUGUUGGGACAGAUGUCUACUUGUCAUGUAAUUUUUCAAAAUGUCAAGGACCUCUGGACAUCAUGUCUCUCAGUGUGGAGUGGGAAUUCCAGAGUAACUCAUCUUUGUCAAAAAUAGUCCUCUACUACAUCAAAAAUCAAACUGCACCAGCUUCUGGUGUAUUUUUUCAAGGAGAUGUAGAAUUGAGGAAUUUUGAUAUACUUCUACCAUCUGUGACCCAUGAGAACAAUGGAACUUACUUGUGCAGAUUGCGUCUUAAUGGCAUUUUUCACAAGAAUCAAACACACCUUUAUAUCCGAUCAGCUCAGACCAGGAGAAACAGUCCAGGAGUGACUGAUCUUCAGGCUUCUCAGACUCUUCCUCACUGGCUUCUGCCUGUGCUCUCUGUGACUGCGGUUGCGAUGCUAAUUUCUACUGCUGUUUUGGGAAGAAAGUUUUACAGAUCAAUCCGGACAGGAGAUGACUCAAAGCAAAAUAUGGAAGAGAUUAAAACCAGCAGUGAUACCAAAGACAUGAGGAUCACUUACAAGGUGGGAUGCAGCUCUAUGCCUGUACUGACAGAUGUAGGCAAUCCACCCAGCAGUCCAGACAACAUCUAUGUCACCAUGCAUGGUUUCCCCUUUACUCCCAUCGCAGCCAGACACAGCAGACGUCUUCCUACUGACUGGCAGUCAGAGAAUGAAGAACCCGUAUUCUGUAUACCUUCUGCCAUCGAGAUAAAGAAAAACUGAUCAUGCUGCUUCAUUCAAAACAUACAAAAUGGGACACAAACAGAAGAAUUAAUUAUUUAAAUAGAUUAGAGUAUAAAAUAUUUAUACUGUCAGGUAGUUUAAAACAAAGUGCCUGAGGCAUUUUUUCUUUAAUUUCUAUCCCCUUUUAUUGUUAUUAAGCAAAAUAUAAUUAUCCCACAUUUUUACAUGAAUUAGAAUUAGAGUAGCCAUUUGUCAUUUAUUGUAAAAGAAUGAAUAAUUUACUGUCAUAUCAAAAAGACUUAAAGUUCACAGCAUACUUCAUCCAAAAAUUCUAAUUCUGUCAUCAUUUACUCCCGUUACCUGCUUUAAAACCUUCUGAAUUUCUGUUGUUAUCACAAAAGAAGAUAUUUAGAAAAAUGUUGUAAAUCUGUAACCAUUGACUACAUUUGUACUUGCUCUUCCUAAUAUGGAAGUCAGUGGUUACAGGUUUUCAGCUUUCUUUAAAAUAUUUUCUUUUGUGUUCUACAGAAAAAAAAGGAAUCAUAAAGGUUUGCAACCAUUUGAGAUAGAGUGAACAGGGAGCAAAUUUAAUGUAUUGGGGCGAAUUAUCCCUUUAAUUAGAGAUGCCCAAACUACAUUUGGCCCUUUGUAUCCUUUAAUUUGGCCCGCCAGAUGGAAAAUGAUUGAGAAAGGCCGGACAAUGCCUUUAACAGAGAUUCUAAUUUCUGUUUUAAUGCAAACUUUUGUUUGUUUUAUUGUUGAGCUACAAAAU